AGCAUUAACCCAAGUUACCCGCUACUUGUCUGUCUCAGAAAUCAAAUGGGAUCCAACUUCCAAAUUAAUCGAUGUCCAGCUCUUCCUUCCUCAAACUCUUCUCCCAAAACCCACUUCAACCCUCCCUCAAAAAUGCAAAGAGCACCCUUCAAAUUCUCCAAAUUCAUGCCCAAUCCAUAACCAACCCCAAUCUCUCGCACUCAUCCUCCUCCCACAGCUGCCUCCUUUUUGCUCUCUCCCAACUCCCCUUCCCUAACCCAUCCUCUUCCUACAUCAAUCUCAUCUUCUCUCAAAUCCAAAAACCUGGCACUUUUAUCUACAACACUGUCAUCAGACUCCAUUCAAAGGCCUCAAACCCUCUUCAUUCAAUCCGAUUCUUUGUCGAAAUGAAGAGGAAUGGAGUGAAGAGUGAUAAUUUCACAUACCCAUUUGUCCUAACUGCUUCCAGUUUGAUUUCUGAUCAAAAGCUUGCCAUGUUGAUUCAUGGGGAAGUAUUUAAAACUGGGUUUGAUUCUGAUUUGUUUGUAGUUAAUGGGUUGAUUAGUUGUUAUUAUAGGAGUAGGGAGAUUGAUUUAGCUAGAGAGGUUUUUGAUGGGUGUAAGUGUAAAGAUUUGGUAUCUUGGAACUCAAUGAUAAGUGGUUAUGUCAACUGUGGAGAAGUGGGGGAAGCUCAGAAGCUGUUUGAUGAAAUGCCUAAAAGAGAUGCUUUUACUUGGGCUAUUUUGGUUGAUGCAUAUGUGAAGAUAGAUUGCAACAUUAAUCGUGCCCGCAAGCUGUUUGAUCAGAUCAUUGAAAAAGAUUUGGUAUGCUGGAAUUCAAUGAUCAAUGGGUACUCAAGAGUUGGUGAUAUGAGCUCUGCUAAAGAACUCUUUGAGGCGAUGCCAAAGAGGAAUGAAGUAUCAUGGAGCAUCAUCAUAGAUGGCUACGCACGUCAUGGAAACUCUAAAGAGGCUCUGCAAACCUUUUAUCGGAUGCUUCACCAAGGCACGAGGCCUGACCGGGUUUGUGCCGUCGGUGCAAUUACAGCAUGUGCUCAAUUGGGCGCCCUUGAUCAAGGCCAAUGGAUACACUCCUAUCUAAGAAGGCACAAAAUUUUAUUAGACGUGGUUGUCAAUACGUCUUUGGUUGAUAUGUACAUGAAAUGUGGGAGCUUGGACCUUGCAAGAAGGGUUUUCGAGGGAAUGCGUGCUAAGAGUGUGGUUUCUUGGAACGUGAUGAUCGUUGGUCUUGGGACUAACGGUCGUGGAGUAGAAGCCCUCGAGCUUUUCUAUCAUAUGCUAAAGCAAGGAGCUCCGAUGGAUGAUUUAACUUUUCUCGGCGUUCUGACUGCAUGCACUCAUACGGGCCUAGUGGACGAAGGGUUCGACAUCUUUCAUAGGAUGAAGAAUGAAUUUGGCAGCGAGCCCAAAAUCGAGCAUUAUGGAUGCAUUGUUGAUCUCCUCGGUCGAUCUGGGAGAUUAGAGGAGGCUAGAAUUUUCAUUGAGACAAUGCCGAUGGAGCCAACUCCUGCACUUUGGGUGUCCCUUCUUGCAUCUUGUCGAACUCAUCGGUGUGUGGACUUGGCAGAGAAAGUUGUAGACGAGCUUGUGAGAAUCGGAGAGGACGAUGGAGGGGUUUAUGUUCUUAUGUCGAAUAUUUAUGCGGAUGAAGGGAUGUGGACUGAUGUGUGGAGGGAUACACACAUUAACGGUAGCAUUAAAACAACUGAAAUGUUAAUGUUUCAACCAAUGAUAGAUGAAGGAAGGAUACAUGUAAUCUCUAAGUUCAGAGUUAUGAAUUCCUUUGGAAAUUAUAGAGCAACUGAGAAUAAAUUCUCAAUAUGUUUUUGCUGUAUGACACAAGUUCAAGUACUACAAGAAGACAAUGAUAAUAUCCCUAGGUACAAGUUCAACUAUAAACCAUUCAGUGAGCUUUAUAGAAUGAAAGGAAACAAGACUUAUUUUGCAGAUAUAAUUGGGUUUGUAAAAGAUAUAUACCCCUUGGAGCAAACUAUCAUUUCUGGAAAGCGAGGGACUAGGAGAGCCUUAAAACUAAUCGAUGAAGAAAACAUAGAAUGCACUGUUACUUUAUGGAACCAAAUUGCUACAAAUAUAGAGAGCACACUGAUAGAUCAAGAUCCAAGCAACAUGGUUAUGGUGGUCAAUGGAAUCUUUGUUACUAAUUUUAGAGGCAAUAAUUCUGUAUCAUCAAGCACGGCGACCAAAAUCUACGUGAACAUACAUGAACAAAGAGUACUAGAAUUAUCUCAGAGGUAA